UCAUUUAGCUCUUACACGCCAGAUAGAGUGAGGCAGGUAUUUUCUGUAGACACAGACAGUGGAGAAAUUAGAGUUAAAAGCAAUGUGGACUUUGAAGAAACCAACAGCUAUGAGAUGUAUAUCCAGGCAGCAGACAGAGGCCAAGGGGCCAUAGCAGUGCACUGUAAAGUAGUGGUGGAGGUGCUGGAUGUGAAUGAUAACCCUCCUGAGAUUGUGCUCUCCUCUCUCUCCAGCCCAGUUCGGGAGGAUGCUCGUGCAGACACUGUGGUGGCUUUAAUAAGUAUAAAUGACAAAGACUCUGGACAAAACAAGCAGGUCAGCUUGGACAUCAUCCCCCCGAAUCUACCUUUUAAAAUCAAAUCAUUCCGAAACCAUUACACCAUUGUUACCUCUGCCUUCCUGGACCGGGAGACUAUACCAUCAUACAACGUCACAGUUACAGCCACGGAUGGUGGAACGCCACCUCUUUCAUCAUCAAUGACACUACGAGUUGAAGUGGCAGAUGUAAAUGACAAUCCACCACGUUUUGAACAGACUUCAUACACUGUUUAUGUCUUAGAAAACAAUGUGCCCAGUGCACCUCUGUGUGUCAUCAAGGCAACAGACCCCGAUGCCGGCGAAAACGCUCGCAUCACAUACACCAUCCUAAAUGACAACAACCAUGGUAUUUCAGUGGCAUCGUAUGUUUCUGUCAAACCUGCCACAGGUGAGGUGUACGCACUGCGAUCCUUUGACUUUGAGAAGUUGCGUGAGUUUCAUUUUCAGGUUAAAGCUCAAGACAAUGGUGUGCCACCUUUGAGCAGAGUGGCAACUGUUUAUAUUUACAUAAUGGACUCCAACGACCACAGCCCUCAGUUUGUUCGCCCUGCAGCAAACGGCUCACUCUCCACAGAGACUAUUUUGCGUAACUCAGAGGCAGGGGUCCUUGUUUCACGUGUGCUGGCUUGGGACUUAGAUGCUGGAGAAAAUGCCUGGUUGCUAUUCAGCCUCCAUCACCCACCGGAAUUGGACUUGUUUAAGCUGCACGAGUACACAGGUGAAAUCCGCACAACACGGCGAGUAAACGAGGACAAUUCUACUGUCUUUAGCCUCACAGUGCAUGUACGAGAUCAUGGUUUGCCUUCUCGCUCCGCAUCAACAACAAUCAACAUUGCCGUCAUGGAGCUCCCACCCAAAGUGGCCCCAGACCCAAAACGCAUUAUCAGGCCACACGGCACAAUGAUAUUCUCCCAUGUAACCCUCUAUCUUAUCAUUGCCCUCAGUGCAACCACCUUUGUUUUCUUGCUCACCAUCUUUGUCCUAGCAAUUGUUCGCUGCCAUGCCUACUGC